GCCGCGGGAGCCGCCAUUGUGACUGCCGCCGCGCUCGCGACAGCGCUCCCGCCUUAAAGGGGCCGCGCCGCCAACUCGACCAGCAAAGACCGGGUGGGUCCCACCGCUCCGGCAAACGUCAUCGCGCCCAGCCCGACCCGCGCCGCCACCAUGAGGGAGAUCGUCCACAUCCAGGCGGGCCAGUGCGGCAACCAGAUCGGGGCCAAGUAUGUCCCAAGAGCCAUCUUGGUGGACCUGGAGCCGGGCACCAUGGACUCCGUGCGCUCAGGACCCUUCGGGCAGAUCUUCCGGCCGGACAACUUUGUUUUUGGCCAGAGCGGCGCAGGCAACAACUGGGCCAAAGGUCACUACACGGAGGGGGCCGAACUGGUGGACUCGGUCCUGGACGUGGUGAGGAAGGAAGCGGAGAGCUGCGACUGUCUCCAGGGCUUCCAGUUGACCCACUCGCUGGGCGGUGGCACCGGUUCCGGGAUGGGGACCCUCCUCAUCUCCAAAAUCCGUGAGGAAUAUCCCGACCGCAUCAUGAACACCUUCAGCGUCGUCCCGUCCCCCAAGGUGUCCGACACGGUGGUGGAACCCUACAACGCCACCCUCUCCGUCCACCAGCUGGUGGAGAACACGGACGAGACCUACUGCAUCGACAACGAGGCCCUCUACGACAUCUGCUUCCGCACCCUCAAGUUGACCACCCCCACCUACGGUGACCUCAACCACCUCGUCUCGGCCACCAUGAGCGGCGUCACCACUUGCCUGCGUUUCCCGGGUCAACUCAACGCCGAUCUCCGCAAGUUGGCCGUCAACAUGGUGCCCUUCCCACGUCUCCACUUCUUCAUGCCCGGCUUCGCCCCGCUGACGUCGCGCGGCAGCCAGCAGUACCGCGCCCUCACCGUCCCCGAGCUCACCCAGCAGGUCUUCGACGCCAAGAACAUGAUGGCCGCCUGCGACCCCCGGCACGGCCGUUACCUGACGGUGGCCGCCGUCUUCCGUGGCCGCAUGUCCAUGAAGGAAGUUGACGAGCAGAUGCUCAACGUUCAGAACAAGAACAGCUCCUACUUCGUGGAGUGGAUCCCCAACAACGUCAAGACGGCCGUUUGCGACAUCCCACCGCGGGGCCUCAAGAUGGCCGUCACCUUCAUCGGCAACAGCACGGCCAUCCAGGAGCUCUUCAAGAGGAUCUCGGAGCAGUUCACCGCCAUGUUCCGCCGCAAGGCCUUCCUCCACUGGUACACGGGCGAGGGCAUGGACGAGAUGGAGUUCACCGAGGCCGAGAGCAACAUGAACGACCUCGUCUCCGAGUACCAGCAGUACCAGGACGCCACCGCUGAGGAGGAGGAGGACUUCGGUGAAGAAGCCGAAGAGGAGGCCUGAAGGUGAGGUCAUCCUAGUUCUCCCCCUUCAGCGCCCCAUCGUCAUCAUCCUCGGAGAGCCCUCGUCCUUUCAGCGUUGUCCUCGGAGAGCCCUUGUCCUUCACCGUUGUCCUCGGAGAGCCCUCGGCCUUCAGCAGCAUCGUCCUUGUCCUUCAUCAUCGUCCUCAGCCUUCAUCAGUGUCCUCGGAGAGCCCUUGAUCUUCAUCGUCAGCCUUCGGCAGUGUCCUCGAAGAGCUCUUGGUCUUCACUGUUCUCACCAGAAGAUCCUCAA